AUGGCGUACGGGCAGAUUGUUCGAAGCCACCCUCCUGAUGAUUGCUUCAUUAUUGUCAACGUUGGAGGUUUCAGGCAAAGGAUGGAGCACAGCGUUCUCAAACGCUUCCCUCACACCCGCUUGGCACGUCUCUUGUGUUGUAGCUCAUUAGAGGCCAUCUUGGAGCUCUGUGAUGACUUUGUUGCCACUGAAAUGGAGUAUUAUUUUGACCGCAAUCCACUUUUCUUCUGCUAUGUCCUCAACUUUUACUUGACGGGCAAAAUGCACCUAGUGGACGGUUUGUGCGUGCUGUCCUUCUGCCAAGAGAUCGAGUAUUGGGGCAUCAAGGAUCGCUAUCUGGAUUUGUGUUGUUGUGAGAAAUUUCAAGAGCUCUUGGAUCAGACUGAGGAGCUGGCCUUGGAUCAGGAGAGUGCUCUUCAUAGCACUGGCUCAUCCAUUGAGAAGCUGCCUGAGGCCGAUUUGUUCGACGGCACCUGGUGCGCGGACGUACGUCGGAGUGUUUGGCUACGCCUUGAGAAUCCAUCGUACUCUGUUUCGGCAAAAGUGAUAGCCGGGACGUCCUUGAGUGUAGUUCUGGUCUCCAUAGUGGCCAUGUGUGUUCACAGCGUGCCAGACUUUCGUCAGGUGGAUCACAACGACAAAGAGGUUGAACAUCCAGGGCUAGCGUUUUUUGAGAACCUUUGCGUCUUCUUUUUUUCCGCCGAAUUUCUCCUCCGUUUGGCAGUUGCACCGUCAGCCAGAAAGUUCCUGCGCAGCCCUCUCAAUGUUAUCGACUUGAUGUCCAUCAUGCCUUUCUAUGUCACCUUGGCUUGGGAUUUAGGCCGAGUGGCUGAAGAUGACAACUCAGAGUUGGAGAACGUGGGCAAAGUGAUGCAGAUCUUGAAGCUUAUGCGGCUAUUCCGCGUCCUCAAACUGGCCCGCCACUCAGCCGGCCUCCGCUCUCUAGGUGCCACGUUGCAGCACAGCGGCCAUGAAGUGGGCCUCCUGGUGAUUUUCUUGUUUGUGGGAAUUUCCACUUUCUCCGCCCUGAUGCAUUUUGUAGAGAGCGAGUCUCUCGAAUCUGAGCUGCGGACAAUCCCCAUCUGCUGGUGGUGGGCCACCAUAAGUAUGACAACAGUGGGCUACGGCGAUACGUUUCCUGUUACUCUUGCUGGGAAGUUAAUAGGAACUCUGUGCAUCUUAUCUGGGCUGCUUAUUGUAGCUUUGCCCAUCACCAACAUCUUUAACAAGUUCUCAAACUUCUACCAGAAACACUGCAAGAUAGACAGCAUUUCAAAUUCAAUCAAUGAUUGA